AUGGAUGCGGGUGCUCUUGCUACUUUUUCUAAGUGGCUUCUUGAUAUCGGGGAUGGCAAAAUUAAUGAGUCAGAUAGUGGGGAUGUGGAGAUAGAAAUUCCGGAUGAUUUAUUAAUUAAUACAAGUGGAAAUCCUAUUGAAGCAAUAGUUAAAGAAAUCUACGGAGAACAAUUUACAAGGAGGACUGACCCAAAAUUCUUUAGUGAAAGAGCUAUUCUAAGUCCAAGAAAUGACGAUGUUGAUAAGAUAAAUCAGUUUAUGCUUACUAAGCUUCCAGGUGAGGAAAGACGAUAUCUUAGCUCUGAUAGUAUUGAAACGUCUGAUACGAGCGGACUUGAUGAUAUGAUCUACACUCAGGAAUUCCUAAACAGUAUUCAAGUUUCUGGACUGCCAAGCCAUGUUUUGACUUUGAGAAUAGGAGCACCUNUGGAGAACAAUUUACAAGGAGGACUGAUCCAAAAUUCUUCAGUGAAAGAGCUAUUCUAA